AUGAACGACGACCAACUCCUAGCGAAAUUCGACCUGGAGCAGUUCCAGUGGAAAUGCCUUCAUACUGACGAUGGUGCAGAAGCCCGCAUUCGCCUUCUCGCUGGUGGCGAGUGCGCUCAUGAUAUCAUGAAUCGUUAUGUUCAAGGAGACCAGACCCUAUUUUUUGCCGUCUAUGUAGACCUCGAAUACGCCUUCGCAAGGGCAAAAAUCAUAGAAACCUGCCGCAACGCUUGGAAAUGGCUUCGAUACCAUGUACCGAUCAUUGCAUGCACCAUUUCCGUUCGUGAUGACAACUACAGCUAUCUGGAAUACCACUCCCCGACGCCGAGUGGUGCGGACGAGUGGGUAGGGCGCACAUUUGUAGUCCAUGAUCAACAAGUCCUGGAUCUAAAUGAACUUCGGACGCAAGUGGGCCAGACAAGGAUACCAUCCAGUGCUGGCGAUCAAACGUGGCUGCACUUUGUUACCCACGCGUCAGCCGCAGACGAUACCAUCACUCGUGUAGGAUUUCUUUUCCAGAGUCAUCAUGCUCCCUUUGAUGGCCCAGGAAUCAAGCUUGUAUCCAGUCAUUACUUGACUCAGGUCGCGCGCUCGUUGGAUUCUUCCACGUCCUAUGACAUCGCCUGGGGAAACGAGGUCCAUAACCUCAGCCCUUGUGUUUACAACAUCUUGUCCGCUGUUGAGCCUCGCCCCAUACCACCUCACUCUGCUGAACAACCUUCGUUUGACCACCCUUAUUAUCAGUCCAUGCAAACCAUCUACAGCGGUGUCUUUAAAGCAUCUCAGUUAUCACAUGAGGGAAGAAUCCCUAUGGGUUCCGGCGACGUACCAGAGACAUCCGCUGGCCUCUCUGUUCGUUGUCUAGCAUCUAAUCCACUCUCUCACGCAGCGCUAGCCAUGGUUGUCAUGUCCGACAACCCCCCGCAUAAGAAUGAUUUAGAAUCAUUCUUAAACAAUUACAGUCUUGUGAACUGUCGGAGUCGUUUAAUGGAGCCUUAUUCUCAACCAACCCAUGAGGGAUAUCCUGGUUAUGCUAUCGGUAUGACAAUGAUGCGAAUACCAGUAUCAAUGUUCUGUUCUUCAUCAGGAGAACUGUUGCCGCUCAACAGGAAUCUUCUCUUCAAAGCAAUGGCUACUAUUCGUGAACUCUAUAACCAUCAAAGAGCCGUUCCUGCCCCUUUAAGCUGCAUGGCACAGCUCGGACAGAUCAUGUCUGCGUCUAUGAAAGACGCAGCUGUAUCUGAUUUAUUGCCACCUAAUCAGUGCUACAUGCUGUCGAGUGAUGGUGUAGGAGAAAGAUACCUGCAACCGACCUACGCUGAUCACAGCGGUAAGACCGUCUUGACUGUUCCAAAGUUUUUCUCCUCGCUGAACAGAAAUGACCCUGGACCGUUCUUUCGCAUCUCAUCAUGGAAAGGGGUUAUCGAGUUAAGCGCCGACUUCAAUUCUAACAUUCUUUCCAAAGACGAAGUCCGGCACCAUCUGACAAAAUGGAAAAAGCUUAUGCUACUCAUUACGCGGGACGCCCAGGACGAGAUUACGAUCUCAGGCACCACCGGGCGCCUGGACUAUAAGUGA